AUGGGUUCCACGCUUCCACAGUCUAUGAAGGCCCUCCGGUAUGAGAAGCCGGAGACGCACGGCAUCGUCGACGUUCCUCUGCCUGAGCUCCGUGACAACGAUGUCUUGAUCAAGGUCAAGGCUUGCGGUGUCUGCGGAACCGAUCUGCACAUUCACGAGGGUGAAUUCAUCGCCAAGUUCCCUCUCGUCCCCGGUCAUGAAACAGUUGGUGUUGUCGCCGCCGUCGGCCCUAAGGUCAAGAACUUCAACAUCGGUGACCGCGUCGUCGCAGAUAACUCCGAGCUGUGCGGCGAGUGCUUCUACUGCCGUCGUGGUGACGAGCUGUUCUGCGAGCACUUUAAAGCCCACGGUGUGACCAUGAACGGUGGUUUCGCUGAAUACUGUGCCUACCCUGCUGGCAGGGUGUUCAAGAUCAAGAACCUCUCAGAUGUGGACGCCACGCUGUUGGAGCCUGCUUCCUGUGCUGCUCAUGGGCUGGAUAAGAUUGCCCCGAAGAUGGGCUCGUCGGUGCUUCUGUUUGGUGCUGGGCCCACUGGUCUGAUCCUUGCCCAAUUGCUCCGCCAAUGUGGUGGCUGCCGCGUGGUGGUCGUCGCGCCGGAGGGUCUGAAGAUGGAUCUGGCCAAAUCCCUGGAUGCGGGAGAUGAAUACGUCGCGCUGUCGCGCCAGGACCCCAGCGCGCAGUUCCAGAAGCUGAAGGACGAGAACCCUUAUGGGUUUGAUAUUGUGGUCGAGGCUACCGGUAGCGUCAAGAUCCUGGAGGACUCGAUCAACUAUGUGCGGAGGGGCGGCAAGCUGGUCGUGUAUGGCGUGUAUUCCAACAAGGACCGCGUCUCAUGGCCUCCGAGCAAGAUCUUCGGCGACGAGAUCACCAUCCUGGGCAGCUUCUCCGAGGUGUACAAGUUCCCUGCUGCCAUCGACUACCUGGACUCUGGCAAGGUUAAGGUCAAGGGCAUUGUCAACAAGACGUUCAAGAUUGAUCAGUGGGAAGAGUGCUUGGAGGCGAUGAAGAAUAAGACCGCCAUUAAGGCGGCGAUCACUUUCGAUUAG